AGCCGAAGCGUAGGCGUGAGAAGGUGAGUGGCUGCACUCGCUGCCCCAAGGGACAUCCUGCAGCCAAGGAUCCUCUUUCUCACGGUAAAAGGCAUCGUACCUGGGAGCCCACAGUGCUGACGCACGCACGCAGUCUGGGGAGGCUCUGCCACCGAGGGUUUGUUGGGGAGAUUCCCGCUGAUACUCGGGAUGAACUGCAGUGCCAUGUGUAACACAGAGUGGGAAAAUGUUGUGUUUCGGAUGAAUGCUUUCUUAACAAGAACAAAAAAGAGCACCUGAAGUGCAGAAGGAAGCUGAAACGCUCCCUGCAAGCUCCUGGCUCCAGUUCACUACUAUGGAUAUCUGUAAAACGUACGAAAAUGCCUCCAAAUGUAGUGCAAACAGCAAGCUCAUGGAGUGCUUCAUGGUCCUCAGCACCCAAGCACAGAAGAUAAGCAUUGCCACACUUUGUGGCCUCUUUGGGACGCUGUGCAUCUUUGAGAACUCUGUGGUGCUGUACCUGAUCUUCUCCUCCCCUGGGACCAGGAGGAAGCCUUCCUACAUCUUUAUCAGCAGCCUGGCCUUGGCUGACCUCCUGGCCAGCAUCAUCUUUGUUGGCAGUUUUGUUAACUUCCACGUCCUUAAUGAAACUGAUUCCUCUAAAGAAUUGUUCCUGCUGAAGCUGGGAGGGGUGAACACGUCCUUCACAGCCUCCCUGAGCAGCUUGCUGCUGACAGCCGUGGACCGUUACGUCUCUAUCAGCCGGCCCGCCGAAUACAAGCUCCUUGUGACGAGGAAGAGAGCGUGGGCAGCCCUGGGGGUGCUCUGGGCAAUGUGUGUGACCACUGCCUCCCUGCCCAUCCUGGGCUGGAACUGCUGCACGCUCAACUCGACCUGCUCCGAGCUGUUCCCCUUUGUGGAUGACAACUACCUGUCCAGCUGGGUCUGCCUCGUCAUGGUCCUGCUAGGGUGUAUCGUCUACGCCUACACACACGUGCUGUGGAGGGCUCACCAGCACGUGGCGUACAUGGGGAAGCAGCAGGCGCAGGUGGGAAAGCAAAACACCAGGAUGAGAAUGGACGUCAUGCUGGCCAAGACCCUCGUCAUGGUGCUGACCGUCCUUGUGCUGUGCUGGUCGCCGGUCCUCAUUCUCAUGAUCUACAGCAUCUUUGCCAAGCCCACCAAUCACCUGCGCAAGGUGUUUGCCUUCUGCAGCGUUCUCUGCCUGCUCAAUUCCAUGGUGAACCCCAUCAUUUACGCCCUGCGGAGCAAGGAGCUGUUCUCCUCCCUGAGGGCGGUCUUUUUCCGGUUCAAGAGGCGGCUGAGGGGCACGGACGACAGCCCAGAAGCAGACAGCGCCCACAAGUCCUCUGUGGUAGAGACCGUCUGCGAGGAUGACGUGCGCAUAACGUAGGCAGGCAGCAGUGGAAGUCUGAGCUCAGGCUGGUGGGAGCCUCUGGAUCAUUUUUCAUUUGGAUUGCUUUUAUUUUCUCUUCUUAUGGAGGUCCUGGGAGGUGCCUGGCAUGGACCCAGCUCCCGCUGAUUUUAUUCUGGGACGCUGGGACAUAAAGUGCCCAGACUUGCCCGGACUGCCAGUCCCCGGGCUGCCAAGACACCGGUGCCAUGUUACGGUGAGAGAGCUGCAAGGCAGUGGGUAAUGCCGUACCCCAAAACAGCAAAUCCAGGUGGUUUGUGGCAGCUCAUCCUGCCCGGCCUCCAUUCUGUCCACCAGUAACCUCUUAACCCAUUUUUCUUACAUUCAGUGACAUCUCCCUUAAAAUAUAACUGCAUUCAAGUGAAACACUCUGCAGACCUCCAGGUUCUCCAGCGGUCCCCAGCCACCACAAACACCUCUGUAAGCGCCCCCGCAGGCACGAGCAGGGUUAUUUAUACGAGCGCCGUCAGCAGAGCGCUCGCAGCGCGUCGCUGUGUAGCAGCGGAGCAGCUAUUAAGCCGGCCUUGUGUGCCGUGCGGGGGCGCGCCGUGGUAGCAGCAUGGUGACAGGAGGUGACAAAAGGUGACAGAAGGCCUUCGUGUCCCGGCAAAGGCGGGAGGGAACAGCGGGAGCGGUGCCGGGGCCGCCUCGCCAAAAACCCUGGGGAUUAGGGACUGUGUCGUCGAAAAUCGUGAGACCGAUGGGAUGCUGCAGGCGCCACGUUUCUUUCAGCAAGCUUACGGAAACCCAACCUGUGCCACGCAGACAGUGUUGGCUGUUGUGUGAUUAAACAUUAAAACCGUG